CAAUGACCAAUUCGAUUCUUGCAACCUUUGGAAAAAAAAAAACCCUAAAACCUACCCUCUUCCUCUUCGAGCCCCCAUGAAGAAGGAGAAGGACCUCUGAUGCUCUGACUCUCACACUCCCAAAAAAGCACUGGCCGCCGCCACCGCCGGGCUACUCUGCUUGUCUCGUGAGUUGCGACUCUCGCAUCGGCCCCUCUGCGUCUCCUUCACGGCUUCACUGGCUCGUCGCCUCCUCUGCCUGACUUCGUCUCUCGUCGUAGUCGUCGUCUCGUCCUCGUCCGGCGUAGCUCACCGUCGCUUCUUCCUUCCCGCCGUGCUUGGUCUCCCACUUCUCAGGCAUAUGGAUAAGCAGAAUGAGAUCCUUAUGGAAGCCUAUAGAUCAAUGCUCCAUGAAUCGCAAAAACUUCAGGUCGAAGAAGAAAUGCUUAUGCACAAGCUCUAUGAAGUUAUGUCAGCUCAUGGUCUAACUAAAAAGAGUGAUGGCAAUUCCAAUGCUGUUGAUAAUGUUGGAGCUUUAACUGAAAAUAACAAUAACGAAGCUGUUACACACCCCAGCAGUAUAGAAACUCGAGGGCAACAAAGGGAAAUCACUCCUUUUCGAUACACUUAUAGGAGGAGAUAAGAGAAAAUAACAGAAUGGGUGAGAGGAAUUGGCUUUAUUCAUUCCCUUACUUCAAUACAUAUUUCACUGGUCUGGAGAAUUUCAUACUAAAAUCUCCUGCACUAGUGACUUCCUUCUUUCUAUUUCUAAUUCUAAUCCAUCUUAGUUCAAUUCUUCUAUCUUCUGUACUAUUAUUUUGUACGGGAGAUCUUAUAGAAGCCCAUGACAAACAGUGAGGACAUAGUUUAGAAUUUAGAUUCAUUCACUCGUUAAUUUGGAACAAAUUAGCGGGAAUGAAAUAGAUCUUUCUUUACUCUAUAUAUCCUUUGCUUUGUUUUAAUUUAUUUUUUAUCAUAGCUUACUCUUUGUAAAUGAAUGCAUUUUCUUGGCAAUACAAAAGUUAUGAAAAAAUUUUCACUGCAAUGUA